AUUAAAUAAAAAGUUAGUCUACUGUUGACAUCACUGUGGAGAGUACACAUUUCUCGCUAUUCAAGGUUAUACAAAAUGCCGAAAAAACUAAAAGUGGUUGUAAGAUCUCUGUAUUCUCAUGAGAUUCGUAAAGAUGUGAGUCUAGAAAAUUUAAAGUCACUGAAAUUGGAGGAUGCUUGGCCAUUUAUUAGAGAUGAAAUCGAGACCGAAAUUGGUAGUUGUCAGCUCGUUUGCAUCCCGCAUAUUACCGAAGCCGACCUGUAUAAUGUCACGUCUCUAUUUGUACCAAAUGAAAAAGAAAUAAACGGUAAAAUGUUCACGCCUCUCGGACAACUAAAGAAGAAUAUAAAUAGGAAGAAAUCAUCUUCCGAAUACGUGGAGCUGCUGAAUAAAGGAGACUUUCACGAUUCUGACUUCAAGUUUCCUCAUGAAAGCGUUAAGAUAACAUUACAAGAUGAAUCAAUAAAAAAUAAAGUAAGAGUUAUAAUGGUAAGUUUUUCACGGGAGAUAGUUGCCAAAGACAAGGAUUUUGUUAACAAUAUUUAUUUAGAUGUGGAGAACAAUAAAGCAUUGAAAGGCAAAAAAUCAGUUUACAUGAUAACCAAAGUAUUAAUGGCAAAGACUAUAGAGUUCAGGGUUACUAGAGGAACUUCAUCUAGAAUUUUCCACCUUGGCAAUGCUUCCCCUCUUGUCUUUGGCCUUGAAGAAUUUUUGAUUGGAGACGAAGGAAAGUUAAUAGCUAAGGAGCCCGUCACUAUUAAAUCGAAGUUCUUACAGUGGCAGAAGUUGGAUCCUUCUGAUCAACUCUACAUCCCUGACAAUAAAGAAACCGCCUGUGCGCAGUAAAAAAUACUACCUGGGAGAGGCCCGUACAUGAAGAAUAAUCGCUUAAAAUUGCUUGUGAGUUAUAAAAUAGCUGAAUACAGGUACUUGCUCCCCAUAAAGCUGCAGUGUAGGUAGGAUAAAAAUAAAUUUAAUGCUAAUAUUUCGCUAAUGUUUCAUCACAACUACGACUUAAGAUAAUUAUGUUUAUCAAAUUUAUGGAAAAUUAAUAAUAAUUAGUCAACUAGAUUAUCAAUAACUUAAACAAAAUGUGUUAUUUACACAUAUAAAAUAUAGUUUUAAUGCGUAUAAUACAACGAAUCAAUUAGCAGUUAAAUAAUGCGCAUAAUACAAAUAUACGCCGCAUUUUGAUCCUCACAUUUAUAUUUAUACAAAUUAAUUUGUUAUUUCCGUAAAUAUAUAUUUUUAUAUAAAAAAAAAAUUCUCAAAUAUAUAAGAUAAAAUAAAUUAUUAUACAUAAAGUUCAAUGUGCUAGUGCACACGUGUAUACACAAUUAAGGUUUCAAAAAACCAUUCGUAAUCUGAGAAUGAAAUUGAGCACUGAGAAAAUAUUAAAAAGGUAAUAUUUUCAUAAACAAUUUUAAUGAUGGAAAUUUCCGAGAUAGCAUAUUUAUUCAACUGUUUGUUAAUAAUAUUUAAAUAAUACUCUAAAAUAACAGAAUAUAAAAAGUGUUCGAAAAUUUGGAACGAAUGAAUAUCGGUUCCAUGGUGUAAUGGUUAGCACUCUGGACUUUGAAUCCAGCGAUCCGAGUUCAAAUCUCGGUGGAACCUGAUAUUUUUUCUUUUCGUUUUUUAAUAUCGGAGCAUUUAAUACAAAUAAUUUGUGUUGAUUUCAUAAAUUACUUUAUAAUAGAUAUUUGAAACUUCAAUAGUUGAAAGGUAUUUGACCCGCCUAAAAUUUAAAAGAGCUGUAAUAGUUACCUUGGAAAUAGGCUUUAUUACUUUUUUAUAAUAAGCAGAAAAUAUGUUUGUCUAGCGUUUCUGUAACAUAAGCUAUCGUGUAUGGGUCUGUAACAAGCAAAGGUAAAUAACCGAGUAGAUACUUAUCAGAUAUAACACUUUAAUCUUUGAUUUAAAGUAGACGUAGGUAUAUUAGAACAAUUAUUUAAAGUAGUGCAUAGCCAUGACAAGAUUGGCUUUGGAUUGAAGUCUAGGCUUAUAUUUUAAAGUUUAUAGAAUUA